AUGGGAAAAAACAGAAGACAAUCAUAUUUAUUAAUUUUUUUGGGUUCAUCCUUUUAUCUUGGAUAUAAAAUGUUCAAUAUAUCAUUGGAUAAGUACUGCGAGAUUAAGAAAAUACUAAAAAUAAGGAAUUAUAGAUUACUAGGAAAGUAUACACAUAAUAUGGAUUUAAAUUUUAUAUGUACAAAAGAAGAAAUACCAAAUAUUGGAUUAAAUAUUAGAAACGAUAUAUGUAAUAAUGAAGAAAGUGUGAAAACACAAAUGAAGCAGUCAAAUGGAAGUUCACCAGGAAAUACAAGAGGUCAUAAAAAACAUAUGAAAAAUAAACUUGUACGUUUGAAACAAAAAAAUAUUCUCAUAUGGAGAAAAAGAUAUUCAAGGAACUUGAUUAUCAGGAUUUUCUUAAAAACAACAGAACAAUUAGUGAAGUUGUACAAAAAAGUAAUAAUUAAAAAAUACAGAUUACGGUUUGCUUUGCCUUUAGUAUUGUUUUUAUUGUUCUCAUUAGGACUAAUAUUAGAUUUUACUUGUAAUUGUGGCCUUACAAGGGGGUUGUAUAAGUUAUUGAGUUUUUCAUUAGGUAAGGAACUAAUGAGGAAUUUUCACACUUAUUUGCAAACCGCUGUAGGCUCGUUUUUCAAGUAUUCAGUACCAAAAACUAAUGGAAGUGGUACUACUGAUUUUUAUAUAACACCGUUUUUUGAUUUUCUAAUAUAUUGCGUACUCUUCUUUAUUUUGGUAUAA